GAAAUAUAAAUGGCUUCACCGAUAUCUUCACGCUGCAUAUGGGUCAACAGAGACACCGAGGGCUAUACUCUCUAUUAACGGUAACUCAAAGCUACUGUUCACACCAUCAACACUGAUGUUUAUGGAAUCAGUCUAGAUUGUGGUAAUUUAAUAAGAUCAUCAGCUCACUGAGCUUGAAUCAUACAUGAAUGCAGUCCCUCGAGGUGCGAGAUGUUUAUUUUGGGAUUUAACACUUACAUCAACUAAACAGACCCACAAAGUGGUCCAACAAAUAUAUUUGGCUUCAGAACCAAAUUAAUAAAUCACUUAAAACAUCUUCUAUUCAAUAAAAUAAAAAUGAAACUAAAUCUUGAGAACGCACGAAUUAAAAAAAAAAGUCAGCGUUUAAAUAUUCCUGACUUAAAUCUCCCCUUAUGAGAGCUCCAUGUUAAAAAUGGUGAGAGGGUGUUGAGGCAGAGCCAGAACACUUCAGAUGCAGAGGAGGUGGCAAAGUAAAUGAAAUUCCUUGGGAAGCCAGUUCAACAAAACUGUGGCAGGGUCAAACACACCAUAUUGACGGAAUAAUUGUUUAUUUCACAGCUGAGCUGCUUGAGACCGCUUUUCAGUAGCUUUUCCUUGAAAAAAGUGCAUCUGUAGUCUCUACAAGUCAACUGAUAAAUUCCAGUAUUUAAAAGUUUGAUCUAAAACUGUGGCAUUUUAACAUCAUGUUCAGAUAAUGGUAAGCUGGUAUGUUUGAGUACGAUUACGUUACAGCAAUGGGUGUCUACAAAUCUGUCAUAAGUUAGUGUGAAAGUCAUAGUGUUGUUUUUUUCAAAUGGUUUUCUUUCACUGAAUGAAUGAACACGAUUCUGCUUUACAGAGGCAACUGCUCAGAAUUCACGAAUGUGUUAAAUUACCAUCUGCUUUCAUUGAUUCCAGUACAGGCUUUGUGUUAGUUGUGCCCUAACAAUUUCUCACUCUUCGUCAUCUUUGUUCAAAUCCAUCUACAAGUGGUCGCCCGGAGAGACGACGCCCGUCUGACUGUUAAUCUGCUCUGAUUUGUUUAGGCAUCAGGAAGAAGUCCAAAGUGCCCGGCGUCAUGAUAACGCAGUUUCUGGAGGAACUUCCAGAGGGAAUGUCAACUCCAGAUUUCACCCGCAAACCUAUCGCUCUGACUAUUCAAGAGGGUAAAAAUGCAGUCUUUAAAGCGAUAGUAGUUGGCACUCCAACACCAACUGUGACGUGGGGCAGAGCAAACGGAGAAAUCCUUUUUCACCCCAGUGUCUGCGAGCAGAAGUACGACGAGGCGUCUCAUGAACACACCCUUGAGUUCCCAAAGGUUUCUCCAGAUGACGCCGACACCUACAAGUGUUUUGCAGCAAACGAAUAUGGAAGGGCGGUUUGCACUGUUGUGCUGAAUGUUAUCGAAGUUGGAUUUUCAAAGACUAAAGAACUUCAAAAGCAACAAGCAGAAGAUCCAACAGACUUGAGAAAAAAACUCAAAAAACGUAAGGCAGAUGGAACGCGUGAGGAAAAGCCAAUGGAGAACGAAGACAAGGUCUGGGAAAUUCUGCUUAGUGCAGAUAAAAAGGACUAUGAGCGGAUCUGUGCUGAAUAUAAUAUCACAGACUUCCGCGGCAUGCUGAAGAAACUCAAUGAGAUGAAGAAGGAGCGAGAAGAGGAGAUUGCAGAGUUUGUUUCACAUAUCAGUACACUGAAGCAUAUUGAGGUCAGUGACGAGGACUGUGCAACGUUUGAGCUGGACAUGGACCUCAAGGAUCCCUCCAGCAAGAUUUUCUUGUACAAGGAUGGUGUAAUGGUUCCAUUCACUAAAGAGGAAAGUGAAGACCCAAAGCACAGCUUGAAACAAGUUGGCAAAAAAUACAUCUUCACCAUCAAAAAACUUGCGAAAGAUGAUGCUGGACUCUACUCAGUGGAUGUUGAGGGGGUCAAUGUAUUCUCAACUGAUUUUAAAGUGCCUGAAGUGGAUUUUGCUGUGAAAAUACAAGAGGUGAAGGCUGAAGAACGACAAGACGCCCUGUUUCAGUGCGUCCUAACGGGACCAAUGACUGAGGUCAAAUGGUACGGCAAGAGUGCCCCACUGUCAAAUGGAGAGAAACAUGAAAUCACUGUUUCUGAGGAUAAGCUCAUUCACAAGUUGAUUGUGCGAGACUGUCUGCCUUUGGAUGCUGGUAUCUAUGCUGCAGUGGCAGGAAUUAAAUCUUGCAAUGCCUGGCUUAUAGUUGAAGACCCAGGAGUUCAUUUUCAUGCUGGACUUUCUGACUGCAAAGCCAUUAUUGGAGAAGCAGCAGAGCUCGAAUGCAAAGUGAGCAGAGAAGACUGUGUGGGCAUCUGGUAUAGAGAUGGCAACGAGAUUCAAUCAUCCGAGGGUCUAACUAUCUCAAAAGAUGGAACUGUCCACAAGCUUAAAAUUCACAAAGUUACAGAGGAAUUUGCUGGAAAAUACAAGUUUGAAGCCGAUGGGCGGAAGACGGAGGCGUUGAUUGUUGUUGAAGACCCACCUCGGUUUGACGCUGAGGAACUGGAAGCUUUCAAAACUCCAGUAACCGUGAAGAAAGGACAAAAAGCUACUUUCAAAUUGCCCUUUAUCGGACGGGAACCCAUCAAAGUUCAGUGGUACCUUGAGGGUGAAGAGCUUUCAGACGACUCCAACAUCAAGAUCGAGCACUCGGAAGGGAGCAGUCGCUUGCUUCUAACCAAGCUGCAACGUAAAGACAGUGGCGAAAUCAAGAUGAAACUGAAAAAUGAGUUUGGCACUGUUGAAGCCUUAAGCCAGCUGGUUGUACUGGACAAACCUACUCCUCCGAUGGGGCCUCUGGAGAUUGUUGAGGCCAGCUCCUCUGUAAUCGAGUUUAAGUGGAGGCCUCCAAAGGACAGCGGCGGCUGCAAGAUUGGAAACUACAUUCUUGAAAGAAAUCAGGUUGGACGCAACACCUGGAAAAAAGUGGGGCCGAUCGGUCCAGACGCGAAAUACAGAGACGGCGACGUAGACCACGGCAGGAGAUACUGCUAUCGCAUCAGGGUAGAAACUGAGAUGGGCACCAGCGAGCUCAUGGAGACAGAGGACAUCCAAGCUGGUACAAAAGCAUACCCCGGACCUCCAUCUGCUCCGAAAGUUGUCUCUGCGUUCAAAAACUGCAUCACUCUGUCUUGGUCUCCUCCCGCUGACACCGGGGGAACCAAUAUUCUGGGCUACAACCUCGAGAAACGCAAAAAAGGCAGCAAUCUGUGGGGCCAAGUCAACCCACCAGAAGAAAUGAUCAGGGGUAAAGGAUUUGCUGUAAAAGAUGUCGUUGAGGGCAUGGAGUAUGAAUUCCGCGUGUCAGCGAUUAACAACUCCGGAGCGGGUGAAUUCAGCACACCAUCGGAAUUCGUAUUUGCCAGAGAUCCUAAAAAGCCUCCUGGCAAAGUCAUCGACUUGAAAGUGACAGAUUCCACCUACACAACCCUGUCCCUGUCCUGGACCAAACCCAAGGACAUUGAGGGGGUUGAAGAUGAAGCCAAAGGAUAUUUUGUGGAGAUCAGGCCUGCAGAAAAUACAGACUGGGAUCGCUGCAAUACUAAUGCAAUAACCCUGAAUUUCUACACAGUAAAAGGCAUGAAGUCAAUGGCGAUGUACUGGGUGAGAGUCAUUGCCACUAAUGACGGAGGAGAGGGGGAGCCGCAAGAGCUGGAUAACUACAUCCUUGCUAUGCCUCCGCCUGUGAGGCCCCGAUUCACAGAUGCCAAAAUCAAGAGUUUCAUGGUGGUGAGAGCGGGAAAUUCUGCAAGAUUCACCAUUAACUUUGAGGCUUCACCGUGGCCCGAUGUAACUUGGCUGAAGGAUGGCGUGCCGGUGUCGAAAAAAGUGACCAUCAGCAAUGCAGAGGGGACAUCCCAGCUUCUGAUUCCCUCGGCUGAGCGCACAGACACAGGAAUCUAUACCAUCAUUGUCAAGAACAUUGUUGGCCAAGAGACAUUUAGUGUUGAAAUUAGAGUUACAGAUGAGCCAAAGCCACCAGGUCCGGUCGAGCUUGAUGAGAAUGUCCCAGGCACAGUGACCAUUUCGUGGGACGCCUCUCCGGAUGAGAAACGUGACGACAGGCUGCACUACAUGGUGAUGAAGCGUGACUCCAACAAGAGAACGUGGCACACCGUCGCAGAUCGGAUCUUCAACAACAAAUUCACGGCCUGCAACAUAAUGCCGGGCCGGGAGUACCAGUUCAGAGUGUAUGCCAAGAACGACAUGGGCUCCUCCAAACCGUCCGAAUCAACAAAGUGGCUGAUUUCUUCCAAAAAAGAAAAGUUCACCGUGAACACGCCGGAGUCAAAGGUCUGCGAUCUGCAGUGUCCUCCCAGAUUCAUCGUCCCGCUGAAAAUGCACACCGCUCCUCAAGGUUACGAGUGCUACAUGAGCUGUGCUAUAAAAGGGGAUCCCACUCCUCAUGUGACAUGGCUGCGCAACAACAUCAGUCUGAAUACCAACACUAACUACUUCAUCUCCAACACCUGUGGAGUCUGCUCCCUGCUCAUAUUGACCGUCGGACCUAAAGACACCGGAGAGUACAAGAUAGUUGCAGAAAACUCCCUGGGAAGGGCGGAGUGUUCGACUAAGCUCACAGUCAGAGAAUAAACAGAAUGAAGAAGAAUCGCAGAAUUGACGUAAAAUCCUCAAACAAAACAGAAUGUUCAAAGUCAAACAAAAGAGGACGAUAUUUCCAUGUAUUAUUAUUUAAGACAUCCUUAUUUUAGUCCAUAAACUAUGUAAUGCUCCACUUCCUGCUAAAGUUUGAAUCCAGUAAAAGUCACUCAACAUGUGUUGUUUACUUUCAUUGUGAAACAGUGACAAAAUUGGAGCUUUUAAUACUUUGAUGCAAAAUUUUGCUCUAUUUUGCAUGUUAAACUGCAUACAUUCUAAAUAUGAAGUUCUACCGCAGAACGGUAUUUUACUGAUUAUGAAAAUGCUUGCUUGAAAUGUGCUAUUGUGUCUUCAUGUCUGUCGGUUAUGCAGGGUUUAUUGAAUAUUUUUGAUCAAUAUUUCAGAAAAAAUCUUGUUUUUCUUUAUCAUAGAUUUGCAAUUUCCCCAUUCAAAUGCUAUUGGCACAACACAUUGGCAAUCUAAAAUAACAUGACUGUUGUUUUGAAAAUGCGUGUGGGUUUGGUGUAAAUAAAUAUUUCCUACAGCA